CAACAUUAAAAAACGUAAAACACACAAACAUGCGAUGUAGACAGGUAUAUUGUAAGAGCAGCAAUCAAACCAAAACGAAUAAAAUAAACUCAUACUACUCUACGAGAAAGCCUUCGGCAACCCUAAACCCCAGAAAACAACUAGACAUUUCAAUUCUUUGGAUUUUAGUAACCCAACUCGAACAGAAGUUCAAGUCAUUCUGUAUAUAAUCUUCUCAUCCAUCAGGAGAAAAAUCGGUUCUUUAAACAGUGCCUAAAAUCACCGUGGUUUCAUGGCGGCGAUGGAAAUAGAGGAUAAGCGAAUAGAGGAAGUGUUAUCAUUUCCAAUUCUAUUAUCCGACCGGAUAAGACAAGCAGCCGAUGAAGCCGAUUUCUUCAAAAUUGACUGCGCAGAGGUCGGAAAACAAGCCGACCGGCUCUGUCAGAUGCUAAGGUCCAUUGCCCGGAUCAACACCUCAACUACCGGUUCUCUCUACGAACGUCCGGUUCGUCGAAUCGUCGCUGAUGUUUCCAAGAAUCUCGACCGGGGUUUAACCCUAGUUCGAAAGUGCAAACGCCGGGGAAUCCUUCGCCGUGUUGUCAGAAUCGUCUCGACUACCGAUUUUCGUAAGGUAAACAACCUUCUAGAUUCUUCCAUAGGUGAUAUGAAGUGGCUCCUUAGCAUCUUUGACUAUGAUGGUGGUGGUGGCGGCGGAGGUAUUGUUCUUUCUCUUCCACCAAUUGCUAGUAAUGACCCCAUAAUUUCUUGGGUGUGGUCUUUUAUAGCUUCAUUAUAUUUGGGUCAAUUGAAUGAUAAAAUUGAGGCUGCUAAUGAAUUAGCUUCACUUGCUAAAGAUAAUGAUAGAAAUAAGAAAAUUAUUGUUGAAGAAGGUGGAAUUUUCCCUUUGCUAAAGCUCUUGAAGGACAAAAACUCAUCCCCGGAUGCUCAAACUGCUGCUGCUGUAGCCCUUUUUUAUCUAGCUAAUGACGAAGAAAGGGUUCGGGAAAUUGUUCGUGAAAUGGGGGUACCAAUAAUAGUUCUACUGUUGGGGGAUUCCCCGACAAGAAUCCAAAUUAAGUUGGCUGAUUUAGUGGCAGAAAUGGCUGAUCAUAGUUCGUUAGCUCAGGAGGAAUUUGCUAGGGAGAAUGUCAUUAGGCCGCUUGUGACAUUGUUAUCGUAUGAUAUUCCAAAAGAUGAACCAAAAUUUGGAAAUGGGAAGCAAAGCAUACAUUCCAUUGUGCAGAUCAAUAAGGAGUUGGAGAAGAAUUCGUCAGGGUUGUAUAACUACAGACGUAUUCCUGGUUCGCCAUUGUCAUCACAUUAUUCUGACGGGAGUAGCAAAGGUGUGAGUUACAGGAAGGAGAAAGAGAAUGAAAAGCCGGAAAUGAAGCAUCAGCUGAAGAUUAGUUGUGCUAAGGCUCUGUGGAUGCUUUCCAAGGGAAGUGUUGUGAUAAGUAAGAGGAUAACGGAGACCAAAGGUUUGCUUUGUUUAGCCAAGCUUGUUGAGAGAGAAGAGGGAGAGUUGCAGUUUAAUUGCUUGAUGACAAUAAUGGAAAUAACUGCUGCUGCUGAAUCAAAUGCUGAUCUUAGAAGGGCUGCUUUCAAGACAAAUUCUCCUGCUGCGAAGGCUGUUGUGGAUCAGUUAUUGAGGGUGAUUAAAGAAUCUGAUGACCCAACAUUAAAAAUUCCGGCUGUUAGAUCAGUUGGUUCACUGGCUAGGACAUUUCCAGCGAGAGAAACUCGUGUAAUUGGUUCUUUAGUUGAGCUACUUAGUAAUGGGAACCUGGAUGUGGCAGCAGAAGCUGCUGCCUCUCUGGAAAAAUUUACUUCUCAGCAGAAUUUUUUGUGUACGGAACACUCAAAAACAAUUAUUGAAUACAGAGGUGUCCCUCCUCUGAUGAGACUGUUGAGAGGAAAUGAACGAUCGAAAUUGCAUGGGUUGAUGCUCCUCUGCUACCUAGCAUCACAUGCUGGUAACAGUGAGGCUUUGGAGCAAGCACGUGUGUUCACUGCUCUUGAAGGAGUAGAUCGCUCAUUAUUUGCUGUACAUCCCGAGUUGAAAGAGUUGGUGCCUGAGGCAAUGUAUCACCUUAAUGUUUAUCACUCCGGUGUACUUACUGAGAGGCAAUAUAAUGGUCAUUGAUCAACAAUUUGGAAAAAUUGAAUAGCGUACUCUCACAUUAUAGAGUUGUACAUAAAUUUCAUGGGAGGGAGAAUGUAAUAUUUCAAUAUGACUUGGCAAAUAAUACUUCUAUCCAUUAUACA